AUGGUAGCAGAAGCUAAAGAAUGCCACAAGACAUGGGAUUGCACCACCACUGAUAGCUGCUGGGAUGAUUGUAAGAGCCGCUACGGAGGGAUAGGACGUUGUGACGACAUAACUAUUCCUUUUGUUCCUAGACAGUGUUUUUGUUAUUAUAAAUGUUGA